AUGGCUGAUCCCGACGACUCCGUUGACUUUGUUGACUCUCCUAAGAGUUCCAAACCUCCUCGGGAAGUUGCCGCGAGUCAAUUCCAGUCUUUCCCGUCGUUUCAAUCAACGCUGGGAGAUUUUCCGCGGAGCGUUUCCGCGGCUGGAGCUAGCCUGCGACCCCCACUGUUUCCGAUCUUCCCGGUCGAGAGGGCAUCGCGGGACGGUCCCGGUACCAGCCUACCAGACUCUGAUUGGCUGACAAAUCCGUCGUUUUCCGCGAAGCUUCUCCCGGCUGCAGAGGCCGCUCGGCGCGCAGCAGUUGAAGCAGCAGCUCGGCGCGCAGCGGAAGGGCCGAGAGAAGGGGUUGAGGGAGAUGAGGGGAGUGAGGGAGAAGGUGAGGAGGAGGAAGAGGGCGAGGAGGGAGAGGAGGAAGGAGAGCAAGUGGGGGAAGGUGGGGAAGGAGAGGGAGAAGCAGAUGGGAGGAGGAAGAGGAGGGUCAAGGAAAGCGGCGGUAUUCCCGAGGAUGGGAGAGGGACGGGGGAACUGGAUGACAGUGAUUACAGCGAAGGGGACAAGAGGGAUGGGGUUCGGGGUGUGAGUGUAUCUGAAAGGGAGGAUAGUGAGGGUACAAGGAGGAAGAAGAAGAGAAGGGAGGAGAAGGAGAAGGAGCGGAAGGAGAAGGAAAAGGAGAGGAAGGAGAAGCGGGAGAAAAAGUGCAGGCAUGAGAAGAAGCGAAGAAAGAAGAGUAAGGGAGGGAAGGGGAGUUCUUCUAGUGACAGUUCCGGGAGUGACAGUAGCGAAAGUGGUGACUCUAGCGAGAGUGAGAACGAGGAGGAGAGGAGGGAGAGGAGGAGGAGGCGCAGGAAGAGAAAGGAAGAGGAGAAGAGGAGGAGGAAGGGGAACAGAGAGGCGGAGAAAGUCCAAAGAAUGGUGGCGGGGAGUGAGGGGGGGAGGCACGCAGGAGGGGUGGGCAUGGGCAUGGGGAUGGGAAUGGGGAUGGGCGUGAGAGGAGGGGUGGUAGGAGCUGCCGGUGCAGGAGGGAAAGAGUAUGUGAUUGAUGCUAAGGGCGACCGGGAUAACUACGCCUUUGGCUCGCUUUACAGAGGAAGGGUGGUAGGUGCCGGUGGUGCAGGGGGGAGGGAGUAUGUGAUCUUUGCUAAGGGCGACCGGGAUAACUACGCCUUUGGCUCGCUGCACCGGUUGAAUGUCGCGCGCUAUAUCGCCCAUCCCACAGCCGCCACAUCGUCUACCCACGCCGCCUCCCCCUGGGCUCUCGCCUUUGGUGCUGCCGGCUCCGCCUCCCCCAUCCCUGUCCUCCGCGCCCCUGCCUGGUGUGGCCUCAAGCCUUCCCAGCACACAAAGAGCGCGGGAGGAGGGGGGAGCGGGGCUAGUAGGUUGGAAGGUGCGGAUCUAGGGUUUGGGAUGCGGAGUUUGAUGGAGCCUGAGUGGGAUACGGCUAUGGGGUCUGUCACUGCUGCUUUUGCUGCACAGGGGGGAGGGGGGGAUGGGGGGGGGAGCGGGGGAGGGGAAGAGGGGAAAGGGGGGGAGGCCUUCUGGGAUUGGAGCUUCGGCGGCCAAUCGGUAUUGGUCGCCCUGGAAUGCCGUUUUCGAACGGAGCAAGGAGGUUCGGAGGACCCAGGAAAUGAUGGUGAAGAAGAUGAAACGGACGGUUUCCUCCCCCUAGAAUCUCCCUUUCCUCCCUUUUCCUCCACCACUGGCGUUCGCAAGCUCACAGCUGCUGCUGCUAGAAAGCAGCAGGGAGAAGGGGGGAGAGGGGGUGGUGAGGAGGGGGUGUUGGGUGUGGGAGGAAAGGAGGAGGAGGGGGAGGAAGAGGGGGAGACGUGGGAUGAGUACGUGUUUCGCCGGACAAGAGAGUUUAACGAGGACACGAGGCGCCACCCGCUGGACGAGCAGCUGUGGCUGCGUUUUGUCUCUUUCCAGGACGAGGCGGCGACAGGCGGCGGCGGCGGGCGGCACCGGGCGGCGGUGCUGCGGCAGGUGGUGGAGAAGAAGGCGGCAGUGUUGGAGCGAGCGCUGCAGCACGUGGCAGACAGCGAGGCAGUGGCUCUCACUUAUCUUCACACAUGCAACGGACGAGAUGACGCCGCCACACUAGACGCCAAGUGGCGAAGCGCCAUUGGCCGCAGCCCUGGCAGUGCGAACCUCUGGAGGGGCUACAUUCGGUGGCAGAAGGGGCAGUUUGCAACAUUCACUGUGGGGAAGAUGAGGGAAAGUUUGAUUGCAGCGAUACGUGCCCUGGUGGGACGCAGGAACCAGGUGUGGCGCGAGCUCCAACAGAGGCCCAGCGACCCAAUCAAAACACGCCAGCUGGCAGCGUCAGAGGUCGCAGCAGUGGACAUGCUGGUGGACUCGUGCCGCUUCGAGCACCAAUCAGGGCACGCUGAGCUGGCAGUGGCGCUGCUGCAGGCCGAGACGGAGUACGCCGUCCGGCCGCCGCCCCUGCCCUUGUCCUUUUCUGAGGGUAGCAAGCUGCGGCUGUUUCAGGCGUUUUGGGAGGGUGGAGGGGAGAGAGUGGGGGAGGAAGGGGGGAUAGGGUGGUCUGCUUGGUUGGCUAGAGAAGAGGGGUAUGGGAUGGGGGGAGAGGGAGGGGGACAGGGAGGGGGAGGUCAUGGGAAUGGUGAGGGGAAGGAGGGUGAAGAGGAGGAAGAGGAGGAGGAAGAGGAGAAUGAGGAGGAGGAGGAGAAAGGGGGUUGGACUGGAUGGCAUGAGAUUGUGAGGAAGGGAGAGGGCGGGGGAAAGAAGGUUGUGGGGGAGGGAGAGGAGGAGAAGGAGGGGGAGGAGGGUAAGGGAGAGGAGGCAGAGGAGGGAGAGAAGGGAGAGAAACUAGGGGACAAGGAUUCAAAUGGAGAGGAGGAGGAGGAAGAUGAGGAGGAUGAAGAAGAGGAAGAGGAGGAUGAGGAUGAGGAGGAGGAGGAGGAGGGUGUGCUAGAGGCAGAGGUAAUGGAACGAAUUAAAGCGGGGAAGGACGGGACAGGUGGUGGCGCUGGUGGCGGUGCUGCUGACGUGGCAGGCGAGGAUUGGGUGAAGGAUCCGGGUGUGUGGCAGCGGUGGGCAGCUGAGGAGAGGAGGAGGGAGAGUAGGCAAUGGCAACCAAUGCGAGCAGACAAGGGGAAAAGAGAUGACGAGCAAGCAGCAGAAGAGGACGAGGAGGAGGAGCUAGAGAGGGUGGUGGAGUAUGAGGAUUGGUGUGGUGGGUGGUGGUGGUGGGUGGUGUGGUGGGUGGUGGUGGUGGGUGGUGGUGAGUGGUGGGUGGCCGUGGUGGUGAGUGGUGGGUGGCCGUGGUGUGGCACCGCUACAGCCGGCACUGCUACAGCCGGCACUGCUACAGCCGGGGAUGGCACAACAGCAGGGAAGAAGAGAGGGGGCACAGCAGCUGCCAUACAAGCCGUGGUGGAGCGAGCGAGGGGCAGAGAGGCUGGUGCCACACACUCUGCUACACAUGCUGCUGCUGCACCUACUGCUACUGCUACUGCUUCUGCUGUAAAUUUUCAGCCAGCAGUGUCAGAACCGCACCUGCUUCUCGGCCAUCCUGAUUGGCCGAUGGCAAAUUCCUGCUUCAACCAAUCACCACCAGCAGCAUCAGGAGCAGCAGCAGGCGAGCAGUCAGCAGCAGCUAAGGCGGUGAGAGCAGCCAAGACAGAGGUGAAGAGGCUGUUAAAGACGAGGCGGCAGGACCUGGGUCUGUGGGCCGCCUAUGCCCGGCUCGAGGCGGAGAGCGGCAACCUGGAUGCUGCCAGGAAGGUUCUCGACACUGCACUCGCUUCCGUUGCUGCUCUUCCCAAGGCCGCAGCUGAAGCCACGCCUCUCCUUGUGCUCGCAUACACCCACAUCGAGCUAUCGCCAACCAAUCACUCCGCCAACCAACACCAGCGUCCCUGGCAGCAGCAAGGGCGGCAGCAGAGCAGAAAGGGGCGUCUGCACUGGUCUAUCAACCAUCACUGGUCUUCCCUCCACACUCUCGCCUCUUUCGCCGCAUCUGCCCCUUUUUCUUCCCCCCCGCCACUCCCUCCGCAACUCGACCCAUCUGGGUUGAAAGAGAGCGGGCGAGUUACCAGCCCCUCCUCCUCUUGGGAAGCUUGUGAAUAUUUUCCUCAAGCUGCCCUGAUACGCGCGCGGGCAGGGUUCCACUUGAAGCUGCAAGAAGCAAAGAAAGUCAUUGUGGCUUCAGCUGCUGCCACCGCCGCCGCCACUGCUUCAGCAGCUAUCCCCACGUCCUCCACCACCCCCCCUUCUGCCCCCCGUGGUGCUGCCUCUACCCUACCUUGGAGCAACGGUGCCAUUGGCAGCACUAGCAGCAGUGGCAGCACAUGCGCCGGGGGACCCACACAGGAGGAGAGAAACAGGGCAACGGCAGCGGUGGCUGUGGUGCUGUGUGCGAGUCUGUUUGAGCUCCUGGCCGCGCCAUCCCUCCCUGAAGGGGUUGCAGCCGCUGCUGCAGUGAUGGAUGGGUGUACUGCUGCUGUGCUGCCGGGCCGCCGUGCCUGCUGUCUCCCACUAGAGAUGCUGUUUGAGAGACAUGCCUCGCUGCUGCUGCACGCCCUGCCAGCCAUCACGAAUAGCAGGUGCGGAGAGGCGGGUGUGCUUUGCGCAGCCAUCUGCCUUCCUUUCUCCCCCCCCUCCUUUCUUUACCCUCACUCUUCCCCCAAUUUUCUUCCCCCCUCUCCCCUUCCAGCCAUCCCGCCACAGCAGGUGCGGAGAGUGGUGCUGCAGGGUUUGAAGGAGUUCCCCAGCAACACGCACCUCCUGGGAAACUUCCUGCGGCUAGAGUCACGCAGUGCAUUCACCAACAGCAUCCGGCGCUUCUUCGACCAAACCACCGCCAGGUCAGCAAUGCCACUUCAGCAGCCAGUCUCCUGGUUGAGUCGUUAUGUACCCCAAACGUCCAACCCACCACCCACUCGCACCAACUACCCUCUCCCUCCCCUGCAGACUCUCCCACCCCUCACCACUCCUCUGGCUGAUCAGUCUCCUGGGAGCCCGUCCACGUGUGCGCGGCUUACUGGAGCGGGCGCUCGCCAGCUCAGCGCAGGGGAGUGGGCAAUGCGUGCUGAUGUGGCGGCUGUACAUUGGCUAUGA